GCAAGUGUUCGAUUCGGAUUUUGAAGAAUAUUUCAUAAAAAUGGAUGUAGAAAAAGUUGCUGUAUUUGCUAGUGUAGGAUUUGCAAUAGCUAUUGCAGCAUUUAUUUUAUGGGGUCCAGCUCCUAAACCUAGGAAAAAAGGGAAAAUCAUUGGAAUCAAUAAUUUAGGAUAUACUUGCUUUUUGAAUUCACUUUUACAAGCUUUAGCUGCAUGUCCAAUUUUUAUUGGAUGGUUAAAAAAACAUCAUAACAAUAAUGGAAAAGUUAAUUUCAUUUCAACUUUACUGUCUCUUUUUGAAAAAAUCAAUGGAUAUGCAGAAGACGUAUAUGGCGAUGUAACGCCAGUUGAAAUUAUUUCAUUACUUGGUAAUCAAUGGAAAUUUGCAUCUGAUCAUCAAGAUGUACAUGAAUUAUUUCAUGUAGUUCUUAGUGCAUUACAAACAGAAAUUCAACCUGGAAAUAGGAAAGGUUGUUUGUCUGAUGCUUUACCACAAAGUCCAAUAAUGAAAACAGAUACAAAAAGAUUUGGUGAUCCUUUAACAUUUAGAAGUGUAUCUUGUUAUGAUAUUGUAUCAGCUAACAAAAGUCCUAACAUUCCAAAUGGUUUUGAUAGAAAUUGCAACAGUCAUGUUAUGUCUUCAGCAGUGUCCAUACCAAGUAUUCCUAUGGUAUAUAAUAAGCCAGGUAUAAUCCUUGCUAGGUCUUCAGAAUUGCUUUCAAAAAGUGUUGGAAUUGAGGAAAGUAAAGAAUCUUUAAAACAGUGGAGCUCUUUAUGUGCUAUGCCAGUUCCUAAUGCUCCACCAAUAGUAGUAGAAGUACACCCAUUUUCAGGAUUAUUGACUAGUCAAUUACAGUGCAGUUGCUGCACAUGGAAGUCUGCAGUUCAUUAUGACAAACUUGAAACAGUUUCUUUGUCCUUGCCUCCUUUGAGUCCAUAUAUUAAAUCACAUCACACAUUGGAAGAAUUAUUAACACGUUUUGUAACCAGUGAGAUUAUUCAAGAUGUACAAUGUGAUGGAUGCGAAAUGCGUUGUUUAGCUACAAAAACCUUAACUCUAGGCAAACUUCCUAAAUGUUUAUGUUUACAUAUAUCAAGAACUAUGUGGAGCUGUUCAGGAAUACCAAUUAAGAGAAAUGAUCCAAUAAAGUUUCCUGAAAUAUUGACUCUAGAUCCUUACACUUUUACGGAAACAAGAAAGAGAAAUGCACAGGGUGACCCUGAAGCAACAAUGUUACUUAUUAAUCGAACUACACUACAAGAUAAACACAAGUAUCAACUACGUGCAAUUAUAGAACAUCGUGGACCUGUUGAUUCUGGACAUUUUGUUUGUUAUAGACGCGGAAAUAAGAUCAAUCAAUGGUUAUAUACUUCAGAUAAUGUAGUUGAGAGCAUAUCCUUGAUUGAAGUUUUAUGUGCCACACCAUAUCUUUUGUUUUAUGAGCGUAUUAACAGUAUAUAAAAAUAGUUAGUAAUCAAUUUUAGUAA